CUUCGAAGAGCUAUGGGGAAGCCCCACGGUCAUAUUCGGAAUCAGCAUGGUCGAUAACCUAUAACCCACUAGAUGUCGAUCAAAAAGCGAUUUAUCACCUCGGAAGGUUCCCUCGUAAGUCUAGUAGUUAGAGAACGAAAGAGUGAGUCCCUAAAACAACACUUUUUAAUUUAUAAAAAUUGAAUGAAAUUUUUGAACAGGGGGUAGAGUACUUUGCAAUAUAUCUCCAUAAAUCUUGAUUAAAGAUGGCUUUCGAAAGUUUAUUGGUGAAUAAAUGCAGAAAAGUAUUUUAACGCUGUUAAAAUGUAUUUUGGACUUUUGAGAUGAAUAUCCUUUAACGGCUUUAAUUAUGUAUCAAAUCGUCUUUCUUUCAGUUACAAUGAUCAAAUUAUUUACUAAAAUUUUAUUUAUUUAGAUGAACCAAUCAGAGAGAUUAUGGAUAUGUUUGGUAAAGAGUUUGUAUCAUACGUUGCCAAUUAUGGUUAUGAUCGUGUUCUCAGAAUUCUCGGACACAAUAUGCGUGACUUUCUCAACGGAUUGGAUAAUCUUCAUGAAUACAUGAGAUAUACGUAUCCUCGAAUGAGACCACCGUCAUUCUAUGUCGAAAAAGAGACGCCCAAUGGUUUGACAUUACAUUAUCGCAGUCGUCGACGAGGUUUUGUUUACUACGUAAUUGGACAAAUAAGAGAGGUUGGCCGUCGUUUUUAUGACACUCAUGUUGAAAUCGAAGUCAUUAGUCAACGUGAAGAAUUUGAUGUCACUCAUGUUGUAUUUGAAUUAACAUUUGCGAAUACAGUCUAUCCAAAGCAAGCAGUUGAAAAUGAGAUGGCUGAAUUAGAUUUAUCGAUUGACUGUCAUAUAUUUUUUGAAUUAUUUCCAUUUCAUAUGGUCAUCAGUAGUACAUUAGAAAUCGUUAGCGCUGGUGAUAGUUUAACACAAUUAUUUCCAAAUAUUGUGGGAGAAUUAAUGCGAGAUAUAUUUAACCUUGUUCGUCCCAUUAUUACACUCAACUGGGAUCAAAUUGUUUUACAUUCAAAUAACGUAUUUGAAUUUUCAACAAUUGAACCAUUGAGGAAACAAGCAAACGAAAACGAUUUACAAAUUAAUGACGCUCACGCACGAAAUGAUUCUGAAUUAUUGCUAACAAUGACAACGCAACGAGAAUCACAAGAAGAUUACUUACGUUUACGUGGACAAAUGUUAUAUGUCCAAGAAUGGAAAGCAAUCAUCUAUCUAGCCACACCUGUAUUAGAAAAUUUGGAUGUGAUGUUUAAUACUGGUUUAUUCAUCAAUGACUUGAGUAUGCAUGAUUCAAGUCGUGAUCUUGUGCUUGCGGGUACACAACAGUCAGCUGAAUUGAAAUUAGCACUUGAUCAAGAACGACAAAAAAGUAAAGCAUUAGAAGACAGCAUGAAAAAGUUGGACGUUGAAAUGAAAAAAACCGAUUUACUAUUAUAUCAAAUGAUUCCGAAAAAGAUUGCGGAUCGUUUAAGAAGUGGUGAAAAAGCAACUAAUCUUUGCGAAGUAGGCAAUUUACUCAUCUUUUAA